UCCUAAUUCAGCAGAGUGUUUGACACAUGUAAGUAUCAAUUACAAAAGAUACUUAUUUUAUCUUCUCUCUUGAGUGAUUUUAAAUUAAAAGUAUUAUCAUUUCUACCUCUAUGCAAGAGUACUAACAAUGUAUGUAUGCGCCUGUGCGGAUGUGACAAUCUCCCCCGCAACAACAUGCCCCUCACGAAGAAUCUCCUCAAUCCCUCCCUACGAGAGGAAAAGAGGAAGCACAAGAAGAAGCGCCUGGUGCAAAGCUCCAAUUCCUACUUCAUGGACAAGAAGCACCCACAAUGCUAUAAAAUCACCACUAUCUGUAGCCACGCACAAACAGUUUUGUGUGUUGGCCGCUCCACUGUCCUUUGCCAGCCUACAGGAGGAAAAGCAAGGCUUAGAUAAGCAUGUUCCUUCAGACUGAAGCAGCACUAAAACCACGCUAAAUCAUCAUGAGGGGAAAACCAUCCCAAUAAACACAUUUUGGAUACAAAAAAAAAAGUAUGUAUGUGUGUAUAUAGAUUUUUUAACUAACCAUAUACUUUAACUAAAUAAAACAGUUUCUAAAUCAGCACUGUUUAUAUUCUCCAAAUAUUUUACUCUCAGUGAUUAAAUUUUCCAAGUCUCACAUUUUCUUAUAUAAAAUUUUCUUAAAUUUCAGUGGCUCUUCUAGAAAAGCAGUUGGGUAACCUAGAGGUCACUUUGUAGCUCUUAGGUCUCAACUUGUACAUCUGGAAAAUGUGGUCAGGGAAAAUGUAAACACUUGUUAAUUCUCAGUGACGAAUAGGUGAAAGUUUGUUAUAAAUGAUUUUCUCUGUGCUUUUCAAUAUAUAAAAUGUUUACCAAAAAGUAGGCCAAGAAUCACUUCUAUAAGGAAUAAUCAAUAAAUGGUAUUAUACACAUUUUAUGUAAUAUUUUAAAGCCUCUUUUAAGAAA